CUAACGAGGAAUACUGGUCAUUCCUGCUUAUACGUUAUACCGCACCUGAAGUGUUAACAGGAGACGAAGUUGAGUGCGAUAUGCGCAGUGAUGUUUGGUCCUACGCAUGCACAUCCCUGGAGGUGCUCUGGUUUAUUAUUACCAUGUAGCUUGGUAUCUAACUCUUCCCAGAUACUUUGGGGAAAUCCUCCAUACACCUCUAAGAAUAUCUGGGACGAUCUUCUCAUACCUCAGGCGGCCAUGGAUGGCGUUCCCCCGUACGAACGGAUAAACUUGGAUAGUUUUGAGCGUGUUCUGAUGGGCUGUCUGGAGUAUGAGCCCAGCAGGCGGCCCCCCAUCAACCAGGUCAAUACGCAGCUAGAGGGACUUUCUCUGUUCAGCCGCAUAGAACGCGAAUGGAUGCAAGAUGAGCUCCUGCCAACUCCACCCCCCUCAUUUCGGCCAUCACGUGCGUUACUGGGGCCUUCGGCACCAGUUGGGGUGGUGCCCAUUCAUCCAGUUUUUCCACAACAACCGCCACCUGUCAUACCUGGACUGACUCCCACACCCCGACAACGUAGGGAAGAUACUGAAUCUGAGAAAAGUCCUGUUGUCCCGCAUCUAGUGGACUCAGCGGGAUAUCCUCCCGUCUUUCCACCACCAGGACCAGGCGUCCCCACCAUUCCGCUUACCAUGAUGAAUGUUCCCCUGCUCCCAACUCAAAGUCCAACAAUUCUUCCUCAGACUGCCGUUGUUCCCCUCUCUCCAGAAGGUUCCAUUGUUCCGGAUCAGUUGAAUGAUCUGCCAAGCGUUCCGCCCCCAGCAGAAGCAGCGCCUGUAGUUGUGCCUCCCGUUGCUGUUCCUGGAGCCCCUCCCCCUUUGAAGGUUGAGGCAGAGCGUCCCACAGAGGAGGAACGCGUACAAAUUGGGCCAAGUCCGGAAGCACCCCGUCCACUUCAGCAAGAGGUUCCACCUCAAGCAGAUGUCCCACCCCCAGCCGCCCAAUCGCCGACGCCGAUCUACGAGGGACAUCCGCAAGCCAUCAUUUAUAAUCACCCCAAUAACCCCCCUGCUCAGGAGCAACCGCCUUCAGCACUGGAGAUUGUUCGACUGGGCACCCCGCAUUCUUCUCAGUCCACACAGGUUGUUCGCACACAAUCUCCUACACUUAGGACAGAGCCACCUCCGGUGGUUCGUCUUUCUGAGGCACGACCUCCACUGACUGCAUACGAUGAUGUGGCACAUCCAGCGACGCCUUCAGCGCCAGCGCAAACAGUCAUAAAUAUUGGAGAAUCGGUCUCUCAUCGAACGGAAUCCACACGAUUUCCUUCCACACUCUCACGGGCGAGCACGCCGCGUUCUCGUCACCGCGCUGCGACCCCAAUUCACCGAGCCACUGAUGCCGCGCAACUUAGUGUGUAUCCGCCUCCGACUAUUACAACCCAAUAUGAGCCUGGCAGAAGGUCACCACCUGAGUCCAGAUCAAGGAGACGGCAUCGGACCUACAGUCGAGACGGUCACCGGCGAUCCCGCACCCCACGGGACCGUCGUUCGCGUACCCGUUCUACAUAUUUUUCACGAUCACCUCAUCGUCCUAUUGUGAUUGAAGGGAGCACACGUCGUUCGAGAUCUCGUUCUGCACGACGAUGGCGUUCGCGUUCGCCAACCACUCGUGACAGGCUGGCAGAUGCAGCACUUUCUGGGGCCACUGGUGGUGCAAUUAGUCAACUGGCUGACACCUUGCUAUACCGUGAACCUUCGCCACGCCCUCACCUCUCCCGUUCUCGUUCCCGUCGCAUGUACUCUCGCUCUCGCUCUCCACGUCGUCAUCGUCGAUCGAGGUCUGCUUCCUCAGGCCGACGUCCUGGUGACUAUGAACACACUGUCCAUGUAAUUCCUGCACCCACUAUAACACGUCCACAUAUACCAACUCCCACUCCCCUAGCCCAUUCGCUCUUCGAAAGUGUGCAACCCGCCCCCGUGCCACCUACACCUGUGCGUCCGUCUGUGAGUGGCGGUUGGAUUGAGCCUUAUGAAGCAUUGCCUCCGUCCGUCCGUCCUGAAACCUUACGACGACGUCCCGAUAUGGUCAGAGUGCGUUCGACUGGCCGCAAUUCUCCUAGCACCAUCCGCGUUGCUUCACCUGCAAGUCUCCGAGCCCGAGCACGUCCCGAUAUUGUCAGAGUGCGUUCUACUGGCCGUACUUCCCCUAGAAUCAUCCGUGUUGCUUCACCAGCAGGCCCCCGAGCCCCACCAAUGCCCUCGCAGGUCUCUCAAAUACAUGUUCAUACUGCGCCGUUGCCUUUUCUUGUUCUUUUCUGCUUUUUCUUUUUCUUUUUCUUUUUCUUCUUUUUCUUCUUUUUCUUUUUUUUUGGCGGAAGCACCCUAGGCUCUCGCAAUACAUGUUAACUGUAUGGGUGUUCUUGGUACCCCGCUGACGUCAUUCUUGCAUCACAGGAUCACAAAUCAAUUCGACUUCCUCAGAAGGCGAU